UAUUUUUGUCGAUGUGGUAUCGGAAAGGUUGUCCUGUAAUGGUCACAACGGUAGGGGUGACGACUCUUGCAGUGCGAUACAAGAGCACGGCGGACUUGUAAUAUUGCGUUUGUCCACAGGAGGUCGCACUACACCAUAAAACUGAUUCAUUGCUUUUUCUUAGAAUAGUUUAAAAAAAAAAGAUUAUUCAAUGUUGUGGGUAAAAAAUGAUUGAAAGAGAUUGUUACUCUUUGCCCCGUAUGGCUUUUUAUUCCUAUCUGAUAAUGCUCAGGACUCAUAUAGGGAUGGAAGCCAUGCAGGGCUGGGGGACUGUGUCGUCAUCGAGACUUGGUACCAACAGCCCUUUUAUAUGCCAGUAAUGUGACUCACAUACACCUGUCCUGGCAUCAGUCCGGGCACAUAUGCCCAUCGAGUCUGGCUGGCUGCAGGGAGAAUAUCUGAUUCUGCUCUGCCAAUCAAGACCACAGACGGUUCUCUGAAGUCUCACACUCGCACACACACACUGGCUGGACAUCUGCUGCCAAGUGAAGCCAAAACAGCUGUUCAUUUGCAUCAGCACCACCAGAAACAGUAUGGUGGACAAAAACAACUGCAAAAACUCCAGGGUGGCGUCUCGUGGGUCAGGAAUAUAAGAUUCCUCUGAUGAAAGAACAAGUACUUCCAGGACAGAGAAGUUAAAACAGAAGAGUCAGAGGACAUGAAGGACCACAUUGAAUAGAUAAGCCCCAUGUUCACAGAGCACUCAUCACCAUCAAAACACAUCACAGAAGAUGAGGAAGAAAAAAUGGCAGAACCGCUAGGUCCCGUGGACUCGACGGAACUAGCAGUUGUGUCAAAACCAGCGGAGAUUGAGAUCGAGACUCCAGACAAGAAGCAGAGGAAGAAAGCAGAGUUUGAAACUUUCCUACAUCCAAUGAUGAAACGAUUUAACAAGGAUCUGCUGGUGGAUGUUGCAACACGGUGGAUACCCACAAGAUGCAGGCAAAGUUAUUGGACAGGCUAUUGCCGACAUCCAUCUCAGAAUACAAGAACCAUCCACCUGCUAAAAUAUGAGGCCAUCUACCCCCCUACAGCCGCUGUCCUGGGGUACUGCAGAGGAGAGCCAGUUUAUUCACGAGACUGUGUGCACACACUCCAUUCUAGAGAUACCAUGCUGAAGGAAGCAAGAACUGUUCGACUAGCAGAUAAUCUGUACAAGGCUUGAAAUGAAAUGAUUACAAAACUAAGGAUAUUAAUAACUGUCUUUACAUUUAUUUUGAAAGAUGAAGCUCGGGAUUUAUGUAAAGGGCGUUACAUUUCCAACGAAUGCUUGCGGUGUCCGGCCAAUCAUAAUGCACUGAGUCAGCCAAUCAAAGCAGACUGCGCUUGUCAAAAGGAGGAGCUUUGUACAAAACUACAUUUGAGAGAGGCGGGGCCUAUGGACCUACAGUAAUGAAAUUUUUUGAACAUUAAAGCAUGUCAUCAUAUUCUGUUACUCCAAAUACACAAAAUAAUGAUGUUUAAAAAAGCAUCAUAUGCCCCUUUUAAGCCCUGUAACAUCUCUUCCCUUUUAAAAAAGUGUGACUAAAUCUGCCCUUUUUUGUUUCACUUUCCUUAUCUUACUUUUAAAUGUUUUUCUGCAUUUAAAAUAAGCAUGUAUUAUCUGUACCUGUGAGCUCCUCAUCACUAUACACAACCUUUUAUAAAUGCAAUAGCUGCAUGUGCAGGGAAUUUUUAAAAUGUCAGCCAUUUAUGUUUAGUAAUUUUUGCAGACUGUAUAUUUGUUUUGCAUUCAUAUACAUAUCUUUAUAGAAUAUGCUGUUGAAAAAAACAUGCAAAUGAACAAAUGGUAUGUUGCAUCUUUUUGUGUCUGUGAAUUAUGAGUUCCAAAUAGGUCUGGAUAGAGUCUUUCUCUCUUUUGAGUCACUUGUCACCAGGAGAUCCGGUAGUGCACAGAAUAGCACUUUUUGCUUGUGAAAACAAAUUUCAUUUGAAAAUAUGUUUCCAACAAAUUAUACAGUUAAUUGUAUAGUUCAUGUUAGUUGGAUUUUGAAUCAGUAAGAUCUAAAAAUAUAAAUAAAAGCAGGCAGGUCUUAAAGUUAUGAAUUUGUAAUAAAGGCGCUUUUCUCUGUUAAUCUUAUGUAACGUCAUCUUAGUUGCACAUUGUAAAUCUGGUUUCUUG